CAGUCAAUUAUUCGUCGGAGACGGCGACGCGUUGAUCAUAAUGCGACCAUGACAGUUACAUUUUCCAAUAAAUCACGUGAUUUCUUAUAAAUCUAUUGCGAGAUGUUCUGGUCGUGCAACGACGUGUUUUGCGAGCUGACCAGGUCUUACCCCUUUUUAAAGCAUAUUGACAUUUUCGAUGCCCACUCUUUUAUAAGAUUGUAUGUGUUGGGCAAACUGAAUUUCGCCGUCGUCUCUAUGAUCAUUUGGCUCGCUCUCUGUGUGGCUAAAAGGAUAGAACACUCGAACAGGCAGAAGCGGAAAUUUUUGAAAGAAAACGAGGCACGAUGCCAACUAGUUGCUGCUCUGAAGGACAAGAAGACCGAAUACGAGGACACCGUGAUCAAAGUAAAGGAAACUCAACAACAGACGGCAUCGGAUAUCAUCGACGAACAGCUAAAACUGAUAAGCACGAAGGUGGACACGGUGAGGAAGGAAAUAGCAAAGAUAGAUCAGGAAGUGGACAAAGUGGCGCUUCUGCUCAAGAUCGCGUGUCCUGCAGGCGACGUCGUCGACCGGGAAGCGAAACCGUCGUCGGGCCGCAGCAAGGGCGGUAGCGGCACGGUCUCGCUCCAGGAUCUCAAGGUUUUGGAGCCGUCCUUCCCGGCGCCUCAGCCUCCGCCCCGAAAAUAUGGGAUCUUUGUCAGUCGACCUCCUGGACAACGUUGUCCGCCUGCAACGACUGCACUUGCAGCUGCACGCAGCACCAAGAUCGGACUCAAGUAACUACGCAUCCGUGGAGGCCUCUUCGGAAUCAGCGAUUCAUCGGCGUGCGAGCAAAUUCAUUUGGAACGGCCAUCUGCGCGGUGGCAAGAAGAGAAACAUUCGCAGAAAAUCACGCAGCUCGAACAUGGCAC